AUGAGCGCUCCGGCAUAUUAUGAGCUUUAUAGAAGAUCGACGAUUGGUGUAACGCUAGCCGAUGCUUUAGAUACGUUAAUUUCGGAUGAGAAGAUUCAACCACAAUUGGCAAAUCGGAUUUUGAAUAAUUUUGAUCGCAUUAUAGCUGAAAAUCUCAAGAGUGAAACUAAUAUUGCAAAGCUGAAGUUGACAUUUAAAGGGGAUUUGGAUACGUAUCGAUUUUGCGAUGAUGUGUGGACUUUUAUUAUUAAAAAUGUUUUGGUCAAAUUGAGUGAUGUGACUAAUAGUGGCUCCAGUAGUGAAGAAACGGAAAUUAGUGUUGAUAAGUUUAAGAUUGUUGCUUGUAACUCGCGAAAAGCUGGUGAGGUCUAA